AUAAGACUGACACGUUACAGUAAUGGAACUAAUAUAAUAAUUCAUUCGUGACUCCUCAGGGAAUCGAUAACACUAAAAUGCUAUAUUGCUCAAUUUGUAAAUUUUCAAACAGGUAGGUAUACAAACCAAAUUAAAACCGUAAUUUUAACAGUAACAUCCUAACUUCUUAAUUGCACAAGCAAACAUUAUGUUAAUCAUGUAAAUUUUGAAAUAAGGAAAAAAAUGAGGAGCAGUAUUGAUUGAACUGCCAAGCUCUGUAAAUGAAUGCAAGUAACAUAGGAAAUAAGUAUUAUCAUUGGAUAAUAUGGUUACAUAUUCUAAUAUGUUUUUGUACACUUUCAUAAUUUUAUCAAUAUGUGAAAUAAGGACAGUGUUUAAUGUACAAACCAGAGAGAAGAGAUUCAUAGUGCAGCCUAGAGGAGGAACCUAUAAGCUUGUACUAGGAUUGGCAAUACCGGUGAAAUUGGGUUCUAAACAAUCAAUGGGAUUCAGUUGGAAUAUGCAAAUUCAAUAUUCACAAGCUACAAAUGUGUCUCAAUAUUUAACGUAUCCUCCAACAUACACGGGAAAACGAUCGACAGACUACAAAUCUUACGAAGUCGUUCUAAAAAAUGACCGAGCGCAGUUUUAUGAAUUGCUCGAAGAAACAUUAGACAGCGAAGGUUUACACGGCAGGCAAUGCUUGUUAAGGACCAUCUGUGAGAACGCAAUGGAUUCGUUUGCGCACGAAGAAAACGGACUGUACGGUCAACUUAUUCAUAUAAUGCUAACUCCAAAUUACGGAAAAGAAGACAUCGACCAAGAACUAGAUCCUGUCUAUAUGGAAGCAAAACGAGCAGGAGAAUACGGCGUUGAAUGCGAAACUCUAUACACACAAUGCGAAUUUGAAUACGGACUGUUAAGUAUAAUAUCAAAUUUAGUGGAAUCGCACUAA